AGGAACUAGGGUUUCUAUUUGAACUAGUGCUUGUUCUAUCUCUAGGGUUUAAAGAAUGGUCUGAGAUUAGGGUAUCUGAAUUUCCAUCUGUACAUCUCUGAAAGCUAGAGCUUUCAGUUGUUCAUGGUUUGACGUCCACCAAUGCUGGCCGGUUUUCAGGCCCGAGUCCGAGUUCCGGCCGCUUACCGCCCUCUCUGGUUGGAGCUCAAAACCCUCUGCAACCAACGAUUCUAUCUUUCACAAAUCCUUAGUAAAACAGAAAUGGGAACUCAAGCACCCGCUAAGAGGCCUUUCUGCCCUUCGUGCUCGAAGCCUGCUCGUCUUUGUCUCUGUGCACGCAUCAAGAACCCCUCGCUCGAUAACACAAUCGCGGUGACGAUACUUCUACACAGUCAAGAAAGGAAACAUCCUCUGAAUUCUACAAGAAUUGCUACGUUAGGGCUCAAGAAUCUCACUGUAGUAACGGUUUCUGAUGUUCAUAUCGAAGCGAAGUUUCUCAUUCGUUUGCUCGUGCCGUGCCCAAGAGUAGUAAGGACACCAGAUUUUAAGCAAGCUCUGGUCACCAAAUCGGAGAAAAGCAUUAAUGGUGUGCAUCACCACCCUGGAAACCUAUUGCAAGAUCCGACUCUGUUAACAAGCGAUCUCACAGUUUUAGAAGAAUGUGCAUCAGCCAUCAAAAGCAACGGAAAACUCCCGGAAAAGCAGACUGGCAUUGAAAUGGUUUCAACUCUACCAGUAGUAAAGGAAACAGCAUCAGAUACCCAAGCUGCUGCAAGCGAAGGGCCUGUCAUCACUGCAACCAUUGCCAAAUGUGGCUACACCUGCUCUCUUACUCAGCUCAAAUCUCCUCAAACCCACCCUGAAAAACCAGAUUUCGAUAAGCUUUUAGCCACUCAGGUCGGCCAAGAUGCAAUCGCCAAUGGGUUCGUCGUGAAAAAGUUGCAGACAAAGCAACUGGAUGGGAGCAAUGAAUUGGAAGAGUAUGAAGAGUUUGAAAUAAUGGUUCCUCCUGGUUCUGCCCUCCUCUUCCCAACCAAGAAAUCAAUCGGAGUAGAAGCUGUUGAUUUUAAGGUGAAGCACUUGAUCGUUUUGGAUGCAACUUGGGGGAAGGCGAAGAGAAUGUACCAUGAGAACCCAUGGCUGAAGCUAUUACCGCAUUUGAAAUUGGACCCAAGCAGUAUGAGCUUGUACAGCGAAGUGAGGCACCAACCAAAGGCCGGGUGUUUGUCCACUAUCGAAAGCAUUGUUAGCGCGUUAAAGGCGUUUGGAGAUGAUAGUGAGGGCUUGGAUGAACUCUUGGACGUGUUUGAGUCCAUGGUUAGGGAUCAGAGGCGAUGCAAAGAUGAAAGAUUGAGCAAAACUUCUCCAGACAGCAAAUCUUGAAUGCUUUCUGCUUAAGAAGACAAAAUUAAUUGUUCUGUUCUCCAUUCAUAGUU